AGGCCCACAGAGCGGUGCGAGGGUCCGCUGAGGAGAAUCAUAUCUCUUUAGCUCUCCGACAGAAAAACAUUAUACCCCACCUCGCGCACUGUUAUUGUUAUAGUUCUCUAAAAUAUUUUCCUUUAUUCUCGCAUAAAGCUUCGCUUUCACAUAUCUCUGUGAUGCCCGCUAGUCUAUAUCAAUCAAAUCUAAACAUGGAACGAAUACAAAGCUCGGAUUUAGAGGAUAACCGUGCAGUGAAGUUGGCCUACGAGCUAGCCAUGUUGGGGUUGGAUAACUCCUCAGCCCUCUCCAUGGAGUCCUUGAGUCUGAACAGCCAUACGCUUGCACAGUUAGAGGAGCUUAAGACGAGAAAAUCUCAGAAUAUGACUGAAUGUGUACCGGUUCCAACCUCAGAGCAUGUUGCAGAAAUAGUCGGCAGACAGGGAUGCAAGAUCAAGGCAUUGAGAGCUAAGACGAACACGUACAUCAAGACCCCUGUGAGGGGGGAUGAACCUGUGUUUGUGGUGACUGGACGCAAGGAGGACGUUAACCUAGCAAAGAGAGAGAUUCUCUCCGCUGCAGAACAUUUCUCCCAAAUCAGAGCUUCAAGGAAGAAUAAUAUCAAUUCCACUCUUGCGUUCGGUCAGAUGGUCGCUAAUACUCCUGGUCAAACCACAAUUCAAGUCAGGGUCCCAUACAGAGUUGUUGGGCUGGUGGUAGGACCCAAGGGGGCCACCAUCAAGCGUAUCCAGCAGCAGACCCACACCUACAUAGUCACUCCAUCAAGAGAUAAGGAGCCGGUAUUUGAGGUUACAGGAUUACCAGAGAACGUAGACUCCGCCAGAAAGGAGAUAGAGUCCCACAUUGCGCUUCGUACUGGCUCCGGGUUGUUUGACAACAUGGACGGUAUCGACGACAACAUCACUGCCAACUUCAGCUCAGCAUUUAGUAGCUCAGGGAGCUCAGGACUCAGUUCUAUUCUCUCGGAUUCGGCCAGUUCUAGCUCAAGCAACGCGAACCUGCUCAGUAAAUACAGUUCUAAUAGUAUUCUCUCCAGUUCCCAAUCCCAUAACAUGGGUAACCUAGGCUCUAACAUGAACAACAUUGAGGAUCUUCACUUUCACAGUCUUAUCGAGAGCAAUAACUUUGACUCCAAGUUCAACAACAUGAAGAACAGAGAUAUCUCCAGUAUUGGAAGUGCGCUGUGGGGUUGCGGAGACUCUCAUGACUCCGGGAUUGGACAUUCUCCACCUUACGAUUCUUCUCAUUCCCUGACAGGGUUGAGCAGUGGUGCCAUCUGGAACGAGCUUGGUAAGGUUCUUGGGAACCUUGAUUCUCCAACCGAAUCCUCUCCAGGGAUGAACGCCAUAUCCAAACCAUCUCCCUCUACUCCUCGCUCUGCCAGCAUUGAUCUCGGUAUUCCUCUCUCUAGUGGAAACCUCUCCCUUGGCAUUUCCGAUACAAUCCUCAACAGCGACGGGAACUGCUCCCUCCCGUUCUCCCUGAACGGACUGAGCACGCUCGCGACGCUCUCGGCCUCUUUGAGCACGCUGAACGAGAACGGUGCGCUGGACGCGUCUGACCUGCUCUCCAGUCUGCGCAGGAACGGUUCUCCAGAUCAGGAUUUGCACAUGAGCAAACUACAUCAGGCAUUUUCUACCGUAACUGACUCCAAGCCAAUGGGCAUACACAGAGAUUUUUUAUCUUAUCCUAAUCACUGAGGAACUUACACAAAGUAUCAACUGACUUGGCAUAUAUUGAAACCAUAUAUAUUUUUUCAAUUUAUAUAUUUAUAUUUGUUUCAUUGUUGUGUGUCCUUUUCAUAGAAGGUUAAUUUUGCAUAAAUGUUAGAAUUAAGAUCUCAGAACUCGACCAAAGUUACCUUUUUUACUUGUAUAAAAAACUGACUUCUCAGCGCUCUUUAUUUUUUUUACUUUUUCAACGCUGUGUGUCCGAGAAGUCAAUAAAUCAUAUUGUAAAGAUCAUUUUUUCUUUUAUGCAAAGUGAACUAACCAAUUAUACGUUAAAUAAAAAACAUCACAGUAUAUAGAGGGUCUAGAUGCCUGAAACAUAUUGGGAUAUAUAUAUAUUUAGCAUGUGGAAAAUAUUGUGAAUUAGAUAUAUUGAUGUAUGUGUUAUAUUUCUUAUUUUUUAUAAAUUCCUACCAGAGUCUAUUAGAAUAACAAGAUUUUUAUUGCGUGAAUGUCUAUUGAAUGCUUUUAUGUAGCUCAAAUACUACCCUUUACCCAGACCCCUGAAAACAAUAUUUUACAUCAUGUUAAGCACCUUAUACUUUUCUACUUCUUAUUGUUUGAAUAAAGUUAUAGUAUUAUUUCGUUAAAGAAUAAAUUAUCUGUACAAA